CCUCGAGUUUAAUUAUUUUAUAAAAAUCUUGGGGGGCACUAUUUUUUAUUUGGAGAAAUCUGCGAGAACUUCACGUGCUGGACGUGUGGUAGACAGAUUGUAUGGAAUGAGGAAUGAUUUCUGGUCUGUUGAGACAGUGUCUGAAGCUGAUUGCAGGCAGUCGGUUCUCUCCUCGAGAGAUCAGGAAUUUGACGUCAUCAUCGCUGAUCAAGACUGAUUUUCCAGCAUUCAGGGGAAUUCAUACGACUGGAAACCUAUCGUCUACCAAUUUCAAAAUGUCAGAAAUUACGUUGGUUUCGAAUAAUAAAUGCUUCGGGGGGUGGCAGAAGGUAUUCUCCCACGACAGUUCAGAAUUAAAAUGCAAGAUGAACUUUGGAAUUUAUCUUCCACCCCAAGCCGAAUUCGAGUCUCUCCCAGUGAUCUACUGGUUGUCAGGACUCACCUGCACAGAGCAAAACUUCAUAACAAAAUCUGGAGCCCAGCGUUAUGCCUCUGAGCAUAGAGUUGUCCUGGUUAUUCCUGACACGAGCCCGAGGGGUGAGGAUGUGCCCAACGACAAGGCCGACGACCUUGGACAGGGUGCAGGAUUCUACCUGGAUGCCACCCAAGAGCCAUGGAAAAAUAAUUAUCGGAUGUACAGUUACAUCACGAAAGAACUGCCGUCUCUGGUGAACAGUAAUUUCCCAGUGAUACCUUCGAGGCAGUCCAUCAUGGGUCACAGUAUGGGAGGCCACGGGGCUCUGAUCUGCGCCUUGAAGAAUCCCGGAAUGUACACAACAGUCUCUGCAUUCGCUCCCAUCGGCAAUCCAAUUGAAAGUGCUUGGGGAAAGAAAGCCUUUUCGUCGUAUCUGGGAGAUGAUGAGGAGUCGUGGAAGGAGUGGGACGCAACGCACCUCGUGAAAUCGUAUUCAGGACCACCCCUGAGUAUCCUGAUAGAUCAGGGUAAAGCCGACGGUUUCAUCUCGCAGUUGCUACCUGACAAUCUCCUGUCAGCUUUCAAAGAUGCUGGUGUGACUCUCAUCCUGAGAAUGCAAGAGUCAUACGACCACAGCUACUUCUUCGUCUCGACCUUCAUGGACGACCACGUGAGACAUCACGUCAAGUACCUCGAGAAUUGAACGUCACGCUCCGC